CCCCCUGUGAUAAUUCGCUGAAGUCAUCCAGCGAAUUUUAUUGUGGAAUUAUUUCGAUAAAUUGUGUUAAAGUGGCGGGGGCAUCAAAUAGUAAUGGCCAAGGGGGACGGCAGGCUGCCCCGGUCGACGUGGGGUCGCCCCUACUCGACUGGGAGGAGGGAGACCAUUUCAGUUUCGAGGACUCUGAGCGAUUCGAGGAGGAUUCUUUGUGUAGCUGGAGUUCGGAACCUGAGAGCUUGUGUAAUAAUUGGCGAGGAUGGAGGAAGCCCAAUCUCCAGAACUCGUUUGGUCCGCGCACCACGAAAAAAUCCAUUCAAGAAAAAACAGUAUCAACACUAAGCGAGCUAUCAGCCAAAUGUGUAGCAAGUCACAUCCCAUUUGAGCUUGUGGAACAUGUCUACCCACCUGUCCCUGAACAGCUGCAACUUCAGAUUGCAUUCUGGAGCUUUCCAGACAGUGAAGAUGACAUCCGACUGUACUCCUGCCUGGCUAAUGGAUCUGCUGAUGAGUUUCAACGUGGAGAGCAUUUGUUUCGAGAUAGAGCUGUCAAAGAUGUAUUGCAGAUUGGUUUCCACCUGUCGGCGACGGUCACUCUCAACAUGCCUAGGGCGAACUAUAACGUGGCAGUCACAUUCGACCGGCAGCGUAUAUCCUCCUGCAACUGCACUUGCUCCUCAACUGCACAUUGGUGCUCACACAUCGUUGCCGUCUGUCUCUACAGGAUACAUUUACCAACUCAAGUAUGCUUAAGAGCGCCAGUAUCAGAGUCGCUUCUGCGAUUACGAAGAGAUCAACUUCAGAAGUUUGCACAGUAUCUAAUAUCAGAACUACCACGGCAAGUGUUGCCAACGGCUCAACGGAUACUGGACGAAUUACUAUCCGCCCACCCAAACCAAAUUAACGCGACCUGUGGGGCACCAGACCCGACGGCUGGCGCUUCUGCCUACGAAUAUACUUCAUGGUUUUUGGACGAGAAGACUUUGCACAACAAUAUCAAUAAGAUUUUAGUCAAGUUCUGUGUCCCUGCCCCAAUAGUGUUUAGUGAUGUAAACUACUUAAGUACAAGCGCGCCCCCCGCGGCGGCUGAAUGGUCAUCUCUUCUUCGUCCACUGCGGGGCCGAGAGCCAGAGGGCAUGUGGAACCUUCUCUCCAUUGUGAGGGAGAUGUUCAAACGAAAUGACAGGAACGCCAUACCGCUGCUCGAAAUCAUCACUGAGGAGGUCAUGGCUUGUGAACAGAUUAUAGUGUGGUGGUACAGCACCAAGGCGGCUCUAGUGGCGUGGAACGGCGGUGGCGGCGGCAAACAUGGCGGCAGCGGAGGCAACUCCUCGGCUCAGCACGCCUGCUCCUCGCUUUGUGACGAGGUGGUGUUGCUGUGGCGCCUGGCCGCGCUGAACCCGGGACUGGCACCGCACGAGCGCGAUACCUUGCACGAACAGUUCGCUCAGUGGCACAUGAAGGUUCUCGAUAAGGUGGCUAAGAAUCGGAACAACCACAUGGGAACUUCCUCGUCGCAUUCCCGGCAUUCAUCACGGUCUCAUUCUCACCCACCAUACAUUAAUGGGAUCAGCGAGAACGAAGUGUUCCCGGGCUUUCAUCCCGCCAUGGAGGCCUGUUUCCUCGAGUGGGACGACUAUCAAAUACCGGGUGUUACCUACACUAAGGACUUAAACCCGUUGUAUCACAGUCCGUUCACUAUUUUCAGGCACGCCGAUAAGCAAAACGAUAGUGUACAUCAGGUGAAUUCAUCCAAAGCUGUCCUCAAUAACGAGAUGUCGCUUAGCUACCGACUGACAAACGCCGACCCUCAUCGUACGCUGGUACUCAGAGCCAACCAUAUCAAUGUGGACUUGACCGUGGCCGGACCCUCUAACCAACCUUGUGGAUCCGGUGAUGGGCCGAGCGAACCACCAAGAGAUUCGGGGCCUAGCGAUGGUAACCAUUCGAGCGUAUCGUCUGAGGGUUUCUGCGAGAACGAGGAAGAGAUUCUCCAGCAAAGCGGUGGUGACACGGAUUCGCAGGAAUCAAGUUCCCCUGCAGUGUCUUCUGAUGACGCUCAACGUCGAGUGUCCAACGACGACUCAGUCUCCGACGACGACUGUAACAUGUACUUUUACGACGCGGCGGCGGCCCGGAGGGCGGUGGCAGAAGAGGGAGUUCUAGCCGAGUUCAACGAACAUCACGAACUAGCAUUCCGCGUAGGUCUAUUCGCGUUAGAGAUGGCGCGGCCACCAGCCAGCACUAAAGCCUUGGAGGUGAAACUGAACAACCAAGAAACAGAGCUGGUGGCGUUGCUGAAGAGACUGCCCACUGGUGCUGAACAAUUGGCCUUAGCUCGGGAAAAGGCUCAACAACUAUGCGAUGGAACUUUGCGGAACCGAGGUCCAGCUCUGCUACCAAUGGCUUUAGCAAGCUUCCUGUUCGAUGUCCUAGUUUUGUCAGCUACAGAUAAACAUCCUGCAAGAUUGCCUUCAGAUGAAAGUCUCGGUUUCGAAGCAGCCACCGCAGCGUUAGGGCUCAAAGCGAACGUCUCUGAAGCGGAACACCCACUGCUGUGUGAAGGCACCAGGCGCCAACGCGGCGAGUUAGCGCUGACCCUGCUCUCAUUUUACAAAGACGAUCCAGUCAAACUGGCUAAAAUUAUGAACAAGUUACUGGACCGUGACAUCCACCAGCUCACGUCGGGCCCGAUGGUGAGCAUGUACUACAACACCAACCCGCGGCUGGCCAACUACCGCGCCGACCAGGCGCUGCAAGCGCAUGCGCACGCGCAGCACGUCCAGCACGCGCCACACGUGCAGCACGUGCAGCACGCGCAACACGCGCAACACGCGCCGCACCCCAUGCACGCACCACAUCCGCAGCAUCCGCAGCACGCCCCUCCGCCGCAGCCGCCGGGCCCGUGCCCCCUAGUGGCGGACAUGGAGCGAUUGGCUAUGGCCGAGGCAGGUCCGUCACCACCGCACCCAACGCCCAUCGCCUCCAUCACGAGGCCUAAAGACAGCAGGUACAAAGGCAAGCGCCUAUACCCAUCGGUGCCCAACCAACCGUCGGAAGCGUCUGCGCAUUUCAUGUUCGAACUAGCCAAGUCCGUCCUAUUCAAGGCGGGAGGGACAUCUAGCACCAGUCUGUUUACGCAAACAAGUUGUGCAAGGGAACAUCAUGGGCCUCACAGAGGACUUCAUAUGGCGGCUUUCCAGUUAGGCAUAUAUGCUCUGGGUCUACACAACUGCGUGAGCGCAAACUGGCUCAGUCGUACAUACUCAUCGCAUGUCAGCUGGAUUACAGGACAAGCAAUGGAUAUCGGCGCACCGGCAAUCUUAUUCUUAAUAGACGCUUGGGAAGGACAUUUGACCCCACCUGAAGCUGCCAGCAUUGCUGACAAGGCGUCGUCGGGCCGAGACGUGCACACGGUGCGAGCCGCGGCGGAACUGGCGCUGUCGGUGCUGCCACAUGCGCACGCGCUCAACUACAACGAGAUCCAACGCGCCGUGCUGCAGUGCAAGGAACAGAGCGACGCCAUGCUGGAACGCGCCUGCCUCACCGUAGAAGCCGCCGCCAAAGGUGGAGGCGUAUAUCCUGAGGUUCUUUAUACGGUGGCGCGAUACUGGCACGAGCUAUACUUGCGACAGGCCAGCGAAGAUACGGAACCACUAUUAGAUGAACCCCAGUACAGAGCGCCGCCCCCGUUGGCCGUACCCGUUCCGUACCCGUUACCAUAUCCAUUUACGUACCAUCCGUAUCCGCCGCCCAUUUAUCAGCUGCAGAGCCCUUACGAGCUGCAGUACGGCGGCGCUGGCGGCGCCCAGUACGCGCUGCCGCCGUACUUCGUGCGAGGACUAGUGGCCGGGCCGCACCCGCCGCACGCGCCGCCGCACGCACCUCACCCACACGCGCCGCAUCCGCAACACCCGCAGCCAAUGGUCAAUCUCCCCGCACCGAUCCCGCCGCCGCUACCAGCGCCGCACGGCCCCGUGGCGGGCGUGGCGGGAGUACCCCCCGGCGUGGGCGUGGGCGUGGGCGUGGGCGUAGGCGUGGGAGUGGGCGCGGUGGGGUCCAUGGGCGGCCUGCCGCCGGCUGCGGCCGCGCCGCAACUGCCGCAGGCGCAGCUGCGGCGUUUGCUAGCCGCCUACCGCGUCGGUAUGCUAGCACUCGAGACGCAAGCCAGAAGAGUGCACGACGAUCGCCCUCAAAAUAAAUUCGGGAGGAAUCCCCCGUAUGGCGAGCACGUGAAAUGGCUCCUACGAGUAUCGAAGCGACUAGGUGCGCAGUAUCUGCAUCAAUUCUGCGUAUGCGCAGUCAACUCUGUCGUCUCCCCGUUCGUACUGUACGAGCUGUGCGUAGAAUCAGCGCACUGGUUGGCGAGGGGCGGACCGCAUCAUCUCGUUAUGCAGCACUUACGUGGCACUCUAGCGCCACUUGUGCAGAAGUGCCAACAGAUGUACAUCCAAUGCAUUCAUCAGAAGUUGUACCACUUAACAACAGUGGAGUAUGAGGAAUUCGUAAGCAUCGUACUGUCAGCCCGCACGGCGUUCCAGCUCACGCCUGAGGGAAACACGCAGUUCAAAGAGUGGCUCGCCAGUCUGCGCAGGUCAAAAUCUUGCAAAAAGGACCUGUGGACCCAACUGAAUGCAGCGCUGCAGACGAACGGCAAAUGACGUCGGCAGCCGAUAGUUUGUAUGUUGCGGUGCGCCGCGCGCAAACUGUCACAACAUAGGCGAUGGCCUCGCUACCGGCUCCUUUACCACCUGUCGCUCUAAUACGUCUCUCGUGUUAUUUGUAAUUCGAGCCCUGACGCCUAAAUCCAACGCCUUUAUGUCGAUGUUUACACCACGUACCAAGAUUGACUUGUGACCUCAUAAUACGUCUCUCACAUUGGUACUUAAAGUUUGCAACAGGCGAAAUACUGGAUUUGGUGUCACCAUAUUUGAAUAUGUGGACGAAUGUCCAACGGACAUAUUAGAAGGCUAUUGGUCAUUUCGUCUGUUUCGCUUUAUUUUGUGAGAUUGAAAGGUGGAUACGGUUCCAAAUUAAUAUUCUCCGGGUAAAAAAAGUUUUACCUGUGUUAGUGCUCGAAUUUUAAUGUUAAAACAGUCGUAAACAUUGAUCUUUUCAAAAUAUAUAACACGUUCGUUAAAAUGUAUGGUAAAGGUUUAAAUUACAAAUGACACCUUUAUCCCAAUUCUGCUUAAAUUUAAUGUAAUCCGUUUAGUAAUAAUUUUGACGCUCGAUUUAGAGGGUAAAAAGAUCUCAGUAUAAAAAUCGAACAGUUGUAUUUUUGAUAGCUGAAAAUGUUGCUAACUCCUGUGGAAUAUGUCGUGAAAUAAUCCUUUCAAGCGGACUUUAGGAUGUUGGCGAUCCUGUUUCUUCUUUCAAAAUAUUGUUAUCUAGUAGACGUCAAACUACGCAUCAUUUCUCUUUACGAACGUCUAUUAUCGCCCUGUUUGCCAUUGAGAGAAGGGUGUGGAAGCUCAUUUAAUGGUUGUGCCUGAAUAGUCUGAGUGACUCGGUUGUAAUCAAAUGUAUUGUAGACAGCUAAAUAAGAAAUGCAUAGAGACAGUGCUUAAAGAGGAGUUUAG